AUGGCUGAUCCUGGAAACAGAGGAGGGAUUCACAGCCCUUUGAACCUCACCUGCUCCCUGCUCAUUGUGGGAAUGUGCUGUGUAUCGCCUUUCUUCUGUCAGAGUCAGACAGACCUACUGGCUCUUAACCAAGCCGAUCCUCAGUGCUGGGAAUCCUCUUCAGUGCUCCUCCUGGAAAUGAGGAAGCCUCGCAUUUCCAACACCGUUUCAGGCUUCUGGGAUUUUAUGAUCUAUCUAAAGUCAUCUGAGGACUUGAAGCAUGGGGCAUUGUUUUGGGAUCUGGCCCAACUCUUCUGGGACAUCUAUGUGGACUGCGUCCUCUCCAGGAACCACGGUUUAGGAAGGAGGCAACUGGCUGAAGAGGAAAAGAAAAUUUCAGCAACACAGCCACAGCACACAGGGAGUAAACAAGGUACAUAUCCUCAGCGCCUAAGAACCCCUCUUCUAAAGAAGAAAGAACUGAUUGAAGGUUUGAUAAGCACACAUGUGCGCAGGAGCCGGUCUAGGUUCAUUGGAAAGGUGAACCUGGAAAUAAAGAGAAAAUAA